CUUCAUCAUCUGGGACAAGUGGAGCAGGUCUCCCGGCCGUCACACAGCCGGGGUCCGCCGCGGGGUUUGGAAGCACGGAAGUCUCGGUCUUCGCACGACACAAACUCCGCCAUGGCCAGAAGAACGAGCCCCAUGCUCCUCAGGGGGCUGCUGGAGACUUCCAAAGCCGUCUGCCCCAAAGCCGUCUGCCCCAAAGCCGUGAGGGGGAACCGAGCCACAGCCCAGGUCGUACCCCUGUGGGGCUCCUGUGGGGCCCUGACAGCCAGCCUGCCCGUCUGCCCGGUGGUUCCCUUCGGCCCCCCCAACCGCAGCUUCGUCAACCUGGCUUUCCCCAGCAGCGCGCGCAGGGUAGAGUACACCGAGUGCAGGACAUUAGGGUAUUCUCCGGAGCAGAUGUACAACGUGGUGGUCGAUGUGGACCAGUACCAGCACUUUGUUCCCUGGUGCAAGAAGUCUCGGGCCACAAGGGGACAAAGCGGUGUCGUCCGGGCGUACCUCGAGAUAGGUUUCCCCCCCGUGGUGGAACGCUACACCUCCGAGGUCACCGUCGUGCCAAACCACCAAGUCAGGGCCGUGUGUACUGACGGAUCCCUCUUCAGCCAUCUUGAGACUAUUUGGAAGUUUGCCCCUGGGGACAAGGACGAGGACCUCCCGGCCUCCUGCAAAGUGAAUUUCUAUGUGUCCUUUGAGUUCAAGUCUCUUUUGCACUCUCAGCUGGCCAGCGUCUUCUUUGACGAAGUGGUUAAACAGAUGGUCAGUGCCUUUGAGUCGCGAGCGGCGGCGCUUUACAGGAACCGUCAGGAAGCGCCGUUGAAGAGACGGUCCACAUGAGGCCUCCACGUUCCCCAUAACCUGUAAUCUAACCGAUCUACCUCCUACCGACACCGAACCAGGAAGCUGGUGCCUCUUUUUGCACACGACCUUUUCUUACACUUGAGUUGACAUGCACAUUUAAUAUACUGUUUUAUUUAUAAUCCAAACUAAUUUAUUUGCAUGUACAUAUUUAGUUACUUGUAGGUCAGGAAUACAUUCAUAUUUUCAAUAUUGUAUUGUUCCUUAGCUCAACACUGAAACAUCUUAAAAGAUUGAGUUAUUUGUAACUCAACUUUUAUUUUGGUGAAAUAAAACUUAUUUUUCAACAUCUA